AUAUAUUCUUCUUCCUACACAACCAGCCAUAGCAACAACUCAACCAAGCUUGUUAACAACCCCACUAACUCGAGCAAGCCAAUAUGAAGAGAACCCACUACUCGUUGAUGGAGGAAAAACCCAACAGCAAUGUUAACAACACCACCAACCAGAUCAAGGUUCCUGCAUUCUCUGGGAAAAGAAGCAAACACUGCGGCGGCGGAGGCCACAACGAGCUUGUAGGGUUACAUAACAUGUCUGCGGCAGACAUGAGCUCGGGAAGCGAGAGGCUGAAGAAACACCGGGAGGAGGUUGCCGGGCAUGUGACGAUACCGGAUUCGUGGGGGCAGGAGGAGCUGCUCAAGGAGUGGAUCGAUUACUCUCCGUUUGAUGCGUUGCUGGUUCCGACAGGGCUCAGCUCGGCUCGUGAAGCACUUGCUAGGGAAGGACGUCGUCGAGCAAGUAAUAAUAAUGCUCAAGGAGUCAUCAGGAUAGAGAGUAGGUGUUGAAGAUUUUUGCAUUUCUAUUGAUAUUCAGAUAGUAAAUCAAAAUCUUCGUUUUAGGUUUGAUUUAUCUGGUAACUCGGUCAUAGUAAUUCUCUCUAGAUAUCAUUACCAGUACAUGGUACGGUGCAAGAUAUAAAUGUAUAUUUAAUUAAUAAUAAUGAAAAACAAAGAUUGAUUGCACUGAUCCAUGAAAUUAUUUCAUGGAUAA